GGGAAGGCAAGAAAAAUUAAAGUGCCUCGAACUGCGAAAAAAAAGCAAAGGAUCACACAUAAACGGACAUAGGCAUAUACCAUACAACAACACACAAACGUGUAAUCGCUAAGCCACUCCCCUCUCUGCAAUAAAGCAGCGCCUGCAACCCCACCAAACUCCGGCCCCCCCAAAAAAAACUGUCCACCCUAUUUUAUAAGACACACAAAAAUGCAUUUCCUCAACUUCGCCACAUUGUCUGCCUUCCUAAUUGCUGCUUACACCUUCUGCGCAACGGAAAAUGACCCGUCCUUUUGCAAAAAAACACACCGGGGAAUCCUCAAGUACCAUAAGAAGAAGGACCCACAGGAGUACUUCACCGUAUCUGCGGUUUUGAAAAAUGACACGCUCGACUUCUACAGAGGCUCCACCAUCUACGACACCAUAGACUUAACCGAAGUUGUAACUCCGCUGGCCAUUUUUUCAACCAGCCCAGAGUGCAUGACUGUUAAUAUGGCUAACAAAGAUGCCGUAGUUCUGUGCUGCAACACAGAGGAGUGCAUAAAUAACUGGUGGCUAUUCCUGACGAAGCAAAUACUCUGCCUUAACUCGGGCGAGAUGCGGAACGAGAGCGACGAAAAGACGUUGGAGGACGUCCAGCACAACAUCAUAAGCAAUAACAACUUCGAUGGCGUUUCCAUUAACAUACAGCAGGGCCUCGAGGAUAUCCCCAACGUUGUCAUCAAAGCGGAGUCGUGAAAAGGCCCCUUCAAAAGAACGUUAACUUCGAAGGCCAUAAAUUGAGCAAUUUUGUCCGAAUAAUGUUAUCUUAAGUGUUUUUUUUUUUCUUAUGUAUUUGACCAAUUGUUUUUUUGUCUUUACCAGCAAUGUGGUGCCCAAGGGAGUAGCCCAAGUGAGCAACCCCCUUUUGCAUUCCCACAUGUGCCCACAGCGCCUCGCUUCCAAAUUGGCAUGUUUACAUAUUUACUCUACCAAGGCACCAUUCAAAGGAUACGUGUGCCUGUUCGCAUGGAGGCCUUCCAUUGUGAGGGGUACCCCAACCAGCGUCUGCGUGAAUGCAUAAUGUAGCUGCUUUUGUCUGUUUGAAAAAGGAUCACUCUAUUUGAGACAUCCGUAAAAAGAACCUUGUGAUGUGAGAGCGGGGGAUAGUACUUCCUUCCUUCGUUAGAAAUAUUUUUUUUUUUUUUUU